AUGGUCUCGCCACUCGCUCAAUAUAUCUCGCUUUCUCUAUUGUUCUCUUCAGCACUCUCAUUCACGCCAUGUCCACUCUUAGGGCCUGCGUAUCCUCCUUUCGUCCUGAACACCAAUGAUACAAUAGUCGGAAGUGCACUUGAAAACCUCACUGCUAAAUUUGACCAGCUCAUUGAGACGGGUACUGGCCCUAACGGGGACGCCUCGCCAAACACUACCUUCAGUAUUGCAUUGUUCUCAGCGAAGAAGGGUACCACUGAGCCUGAACCGUUCUUCUGGGAGUAUCAUUAUACGGCUCCAGCUUUAAGAAAGACGAAUCAUCUCUCUCGAAAUGUUACUAAGGACAGCAUCUAUCGCAUCGGGGGACUUACCCAAGUCUUUACUGUGUGGAGUCUCCUUUUGAUGGAGGGCGAUCAAUUCUUCAACGAUCCGGUUGCCAAAUAUCUGCCCGAACUUGCAAACACCUCACAGGGCCAGCGGGACACCAUUAGCCAGGUCCAAUGGUCGGAUGUGACCGUUGGUCAACUCGCAAGCCAUAUGAGUGGUAUUGCUAGAGAUUAUUGCGUUAACGAUUUGGGCUUUCAGGAAGAUAUCGUCAAGGCAGGCUUGCCUACAUAUCAGGAUGGUCAACUACCGUGCUGUGCCGAAGGAUCGCGAUGCAGCUCCAGUGAAUUCAUUCAGCACUUGGCUACAAGGGUGCCUGUAGCUCCUGCUGGUGUGACCCCAAGUUAUUCAAACAUGGCAUUCCAGCUUCUGGGAUACAUUAUUGAAGAGCGCGCUGGAAUGUCCUUCACACAAGUCGUCCAGCAGCGGAUUCUUAAGCCUUUGGGAACGAACCAAACAACUGUAUUUGCUCCCAGAGACUCGAACAUGGGCGUGAUUCCGGUGAAUAAGACUGUCAGUGGAUGGUCGGCUCGAACAGCGGGAUCGGAAGCAUCGACAUCUAUGUUCUCAAGCAUCCAGGAUCUCGCAAUUGUCGGAAAAGCUAUUCUCAAUUCAACUCUUCUCCCUUGGUCCCAAACGCAUCGCUGGCUAAAGCCCGUUUCGCACACCUCCAACCCCGCUAACUCUCUUGGCGCGCCGUGGAUCAUCUACAGCGACGGCGACUACCCUAAGACCUCAAUGAUUGAUGUGUAUAGCAUACUCAGCAAUGAAGGCAGCAACGAGGGCCUUUACGGCUCCUAUUUUGGCUUGGUCCCAGACUACGGCGUUGGUUACGUUAUUCUUUCCGCUGAUAUCGUCAGUCCUGCAGAUCUCAAUGCCCACGCAGACUAUAUGGAAGUUGUGCUUGAAAGUAUAAUAAAGUCAUCCUUGAAGCAGGCCGUCCAGAACUUCGGUGGUGCAUACGCAGCUUCUAACUUGAACUCUUCUAUCACUAUUGAGUAUGACGAACUUCCGGGUUUGUUUAUCGAGAACUUCAUCAGCAACGGCACUAACUUCCGUGAGGCAUUGGCAAGACUUAACGGUGUUAGUAAUGCGACAGAUCUGAGCAUUCGGCUGUAUCCGACCCAGCUUAUCCAACAGAAUGGGUCUGAAUCCCGACAAGCGUUCAGGGCCGUUUUCCAAGACAAGACUGAGCUUGCAGAUGCUGGGACUGCAACCUGUGUUUCCUGGAUGACUCUUGACAGGUUACAGUUUUCUGGACAUGGGUUGGAUGAAUUUGUUUUUACUCUGAAUGCUGAGGGCAAGGUCCUUGGUGUUGAGAUCCCGGCAUUGGAUAUUGUACUUAAUCGGAAGACCUGA